UGAGACUCACCCGUCUCACUUCUCUCUCCCUCCGUCGUCCUGUAUCUGCAGCUCUUCACUUUUUCUUCUUCUUCAUCCCUUGUAUCCUCAUCAUCAUCAUUGUCAUCGUCGUCGUCUCUCUCCACCAUGAGUCUGAGUCGUAACAAGCGGAUCAGCUCCAGCGGCUCCGUGCGGAGCAGCAGCGCGUCCCGGAGGCCGAGCGGUGGCUUCGGUUCCGGUCCGGGCGGCUUCACCGGCAUCUCCCUGAGCAGCAGCUCGCUGUACACGGGCGCCAACGGGCACCACCACGGCCUGGGCGUCCCGCUGGCCUCGCUGUCGGUCAACAAGAGCCUGCUGGCCCCGCUCAACCUGGAGAUCGACCCCAGUCUGUCCAUGAGCCGAGCCCACGAGAAGGAGCAGAUCAAGAGCCUCAACAACCGCUUCGCCAGCUUCAUAGACAAGGUGCGUUUCCUGGAGCAGCAGAAUAAAAUGCUGGAGACUAAACUGGAGCUGCUGCAGGGCCAGGGGGCGGGCCGGUCCAACGUGGAGCCCCUGUUCGAGGUCUACAUGGCGGGUCUGAGGCGCCAGAUGGACCUGGUCAACAACGACAAGGCCAAGCUGGACGGGGAGCUGAGGAACAUGCAGGGCCUGGUGGAGGACUACAAACACAAAUACGAGGACGAGAUUAACAAGAGGAACAACCUGGAGAAUGACUUUGUCAUCCUAAAGAAGGAUGUGGACUCAGCCUACCUGGUGAAGGCAGAUCUGGAGGAUAAGGUCGGAGCUCUGACGGACGAGAUCAACUUCCUGCGCCACGUCUAUGACGAGGAGCUGCGAGAGCUGCAGGCCAGCAUCAAGGACACGUCGGUGGUGGUGCAGAUGGACAACAGUCGCAGCCUGAACAUGGAGCAGAUCGUGGCCGAGGUCAAGGCCCAGUACGAGGAGAUCGCAGCCCACAGCCGAGAGGAGGCCGAGGCCUGGUACAAGAGCAAGUUCGACCUCAUGUCGGUUCAGGCCACUCAGUACGGAGACGAGCUCCGUGUGGUGAAGGGGGAAGUGGGCGAGGUGAACCGAAUGAUCAGCCGCCUGCAGAGCGAGAUAGAGGCCGUCAAAGCUCAGCGCGGCAACCUGGAGAACCAGCUGGCUGAGGCGGAGGACCGCGGAGAGCUGGCUGUGAAAGAGGCCAAGGCCCGGACCCGAGACCUGGAAGACGCCCUGCAGAGAGCCAAGCAGGACAUGGCCCGACAGCUCCGAGAGUAUCAGGACCUGAUGAACCUGAAACUGGCUCUGGACAUCGAGAUCGCCACCUACAGGAAGCUGCUGGAAGGAGAGGAGGACAGACUCGGACAACAGUCCAUCCUCAACAUCCAGUCUGUCUCCAGCUACAGUACUAAAAGUAGCAAUGGUUUCCACGGCAAAAUCAGCUCUCCUGCUCCGAAGCUGCUGAUAAAGACGACUGAGACCAGAGACAACAGCAGAUACAGCACAUACUGAGACACACACACACACACACACACUGAGACACACACACACACACACACACUGAGACACACACACACACAC